ACGCUUCUGACUUUCGUUGACACACAUAGAGUUUUCGUUUUAAGUUUUGUGAAUUUAUUUUGAACGAUGCCCAAAUGCAGGAGCCGUUCGGUCGCGCACGCGUCUAUCUCACCCUGCUGCUGUUGUCGGAAAUCUUGCUCGGAUUGGCGAUUAUAAUCGUGACAGCGAUUUAUCAACGCAUACUGGGCGCUUACAUGGCCGAUGUCGAACGCAAAAUGUUGGGCGGUCAAUUCUUCAACACCUAUAUACUCGGUUUCCAACUAAUGGUGGUGUACUCCUGCAGCAUAGCCAUGUGGUCCUCACUGUGGUCGCGUCGCUGUUCGCCCAACGUCAAUUUGUUGCUCAAUCUUUGGAUGUUCUUUUGUUUUGUGGUCGUCUUCUGUGGUUUCGGUACCAUUUGGUCGCUGAUCACCUGCGCUGAUGCCUUGGAGAAUACGGCGGAAAUGUCAUUGCUUAAGGGUAUCGAUCUCUACUACACGUGUCCGGAGUGGAAACUGCUGUGGGACGGUUUGCAGUAUCACAAGGAGUGUUGUGGCGUGCACAGUUAUAAGGAUUGGAUGAAGGCCACCUGGAUGCCGGCCGAGGCGACGCAGUGUCAAUCGGCGAGCAGUGAGACCGCUUUAGCGCCGUACGCUUGUUGCAAACACACGUGCGCCACCUGUUUCGAGAAUUAUAUACCGCGCACGGACAACAGUCGCAUACCUUACUUGACGUUAUCGCAAAUCAACACCGAAGGCUGUUUGCCGCUCUUCACCAACAAAAUGUGGGAGAUACUCUAUGUGCUGAUUGCGCUCGUGUUGGUCGCCUUCAAAUUGGACCUCAUCAUUUGCUGUUUGGCGAAAUAUAUAAUACGCAAACAAGCGGAAAUCGACUGUUGCCCGUGCGACAAUGAUGGUUGCGAUGAUGAUGAGGGGCGUCCGAUGGUGAUUGUGAAAUGUCCUACGACGCGCUGUGUUAAAUUCGAUGGCGAUGAGGGCGGAAAUCCGCAGGUGGCGUGUAAAAUGGAUCGUGGUAAUGGCGGUUUGGGUGAGUCUUGCGCGUGCUGCAGCGGCGAGAAUAUGUUACGUGGCUAUACCGUUAAGCAGGAAGUGGUGCACAUGUCCACACCGUCACCGACGCAACGCACCACACGCUUCUGCAAUUGCAGCGCUGACGCAGGCGCAGGUGGCGGUCUUGGUGUUGCUGGUAGUGGCGGCAAUGAGUCCCGCAUAUUGCAUUAAAUAAGUUUAAGUGGCAUUUACACAGCGUAUAAUUAAUGUGCUGAAAAACAUUUGAAGUUUUCUAAUAUUUUAUUUAUAUUUAUAUUCUAUUUUAGUCUUUCAUGUAUUUAUUUUUAAGUAGAUUUACAUUUAAUAAAGAAUUCG